AUGUUACCUUCAACAGAAGCUUACCAAAAAUUCAAUGAAGCCAACAACUCCUGUACGGCUGAUAAGAAUUUACCGACAGAAAUAGAUGGAGAAUUGCCGGAUGGUGUUAAAAAAGGAAAGUAUGCUGAUAAGCUUAAGAAAGUGUGGUGCUAUGUAAGUGAAGAGAACAUAGAGGAAAGCACCUUAUCCAAAGAACAGCGCUACGGUUUCUUAUACUAUUACAUAGGGCAUAUGAUAUAUGACAUCGACGAAAUUGAUGAUUCAUCAUUUAAGAAUAUUAUGGAUAAGGUAUUAGGGAAAUUGAAAACAUUGCCUAAUGGAAGUGAAUGUAACGUUGAGCGCAGCCCUUUUGGGAAGUUCGAUUUCGAUUCUGAGAGAAAAAUAUAUGAUUACUAUGUGGAUUAUAAUAAAGUAAAAUCAGAGUUAAACAAGGAUAAGGAAACUCCCUGUAGUGAAAAAUUGGUCGAUUACCUGGAUGAGGUUGCAACAGCAUAUAGCAUUAUAGAAUGGCGUUGUCCAAUAAAAGGUACUAGUGUUAAUGCAUAUUGUGAAAAAUUUAACGGCGAGUAUAAAGAACUCAUUCGUGAUGAACUCCUAAAAUCAAAAUGUACAUCAGAGAAGGCACGGGGAUAUUUACGUGAUGCGGAAGGAGCGAAUGCGGCGGCCGCUGCUGCAAUUUCUUCCAUCCUAGGAAUAGUCGGACUACCAGUGACUGCCUUCUUUCUCCACAAGUAUAAUCGCCUACCCCCCUGGAUAAGUCACUACUUUGGAGUAGGAAGGAGCAGCCCCACUAGAAGUAAUAGAGGAAAAAGGAGAUCAGGUGCAAGGAGUUGGGACACAUUAACGGACAACGAAUCCACAAUCGGCUCAACUGUAGCUUCCACAUCAAACCUGUCAAGAACAACAACAGACAAUUCUACCACAUAUAAUGGUAGGCCACGACCAUCACCACCUGGCCAAAGGGGAAGGAAUAAUAGACAACAAAGGCAAAGAAAUAAUAUAAAUUACGGUCGUAUGUAA